ACUACUUCCGGUAUGAUUUAAAAUUCUCCGCCCCCUGUGUAAUUGUUGUAAUGUGAUUGGUCGGUAAGCUGGGUUGCCAUGGCGGCGGCGGUGGGCACCUGGGCCUUUUCGAUGCCGGCGGUGGACAAGGCCCGGCGGCUGUUAGAGGUGGGCAGCGGGGCCUCGGCCGCCGUACAGGAGGCUAUAACAGAACUAGAAAAUGACAAAGAGACUGGCUGCUUUGUGGUCGGCCGUGGGGGCUUCCCAAACAAAGCUGGAGUUGUUCAGUGUGAUGCUGCAAUCAUGGAAGGGCUGCCGGGGCGUUUUGGAGCAGUCGCAGCCCUGCCUGGUGUUGGUACCCCAUUGACAGUGGCUCAAAUGGUGAUGGAUAAGAGUGAACAUAACAUGCUUGUUGGAGAAGGAGCAGUUGCCUUUGCCAAAGAACAGGGAUUCCGUAUUGAAGAUAACAGUGACAUGAUGACUGAGGCAAGCUUGGCUGCCUAUGAGGAAUUUUUGCAGAGUCGCAAGAGCCCUCCCAAAAAUCAUGACACUUUAGGUCUGAUUGUCUUGGAUGAGAUGGAGAAUAUAACUGUAGGUGUAUCAACAUCUGGAGCUCCAUUCAAAGACCCUGGGCGUGUUGGUGAUUCACCUUUGCCUGGAUGUGGUCUAUAUGCAGACAAUCGGGCAGGAGCUGCUGCAGGAGCCACUGGUGAUGGAGAUAAAAUCAUGUGUUUCUGCCCAAGUUUCCAUGUUGUUCAACUGAUGAAGCAGGGCCUUUCUCCUGGAGAUGCUUGUCAGUCUGUGAUUCAGGACAUUUGUCACAGAGUAGGGAACAAAGACAUCUUUGAAAUUGGGCUCAUUGCAUUGAAUAUGAAGGGUGAAGUUGGAGCUGCUUCAACUGUCCCUUUUCCAUAUACAUUCUGGGCUCAUGGGAUGGAAACAGUGGAACAGAAACAGAGCUGCCCUUAUGUACACUUAGAUUAACGACCAUCAGUGCAGUUGUUAAAAAGCUUUCUUCCAAACGCUUGAUAGAUUCCAGUGUUUUUUCACAUUACUGCUCCGUCCUAUCAGGUUAGAUGUGGGUUCAGCAACAAGCUGUUGGAACUCUCUGGUCAAGUUGAAGGUGCAACUGCCGGACUUGGGGACACGCAGAAAUCUGCUCAUUUUUCACUUCUGGAUCUUUUUAAAAAAAAAAUCUGAUUGCUGGUGGGCAAAGCCAGAUUUAUUGCCCAUAGCCUCAAGAUUCCCAAAGGAUAUGAUAGCAGGCUUUUGUCUUCAACCUGCUCAGUCCUCUAAUUUACUGAUGAAAUCCAAGACUUUUCCCAUUCCUGUUGAUCUUUUAACUGUAUUAACAACCAGUCUGCCCUGGCUGCUGCAGUGCCUGAAGUGAGAAGAAUGUAAGAAGAUGAGGUACCUCGUAGACCUUACAAUUCCCUGACCUGCUUCGCUAUUCCAUAAGAUUGUGUUUGAUCUUCUCCUUCAAAGUGACUUUCUUGCCCUUAAUCAUAUUUUCCUUGGUUUCCUUUGUGUCCAAACAUGUUGAUCUCUGGCUUGAAUAUAGCAAUCAACUGAACUUCUACCACUGUCAAUGCUAGAGUAUUCCAAAGGUUCUCAAUUCUCAGUGAAGAAAUUUCUCAUCCCUGUCCAAAAUGAUCAUUCUGGUGAGACUUUGUCAGGUUAGAGAUCUCCAAACCUGGCAAAAUACUCUCACCUUCAGCUCUUCACAGCUUUCCACCCUUGCUGCAUUGCACUCGCUAACUCCAGCUUUGUUUAUGAAUGAAUCAAAACAGUGUUAUGAGAGAUGCUUGGUAUAUUCAGUUUCAGGUCUCUUCCUGUAGUGUCUUGUGAUUGCCUGGUAACCUUGAGGAAAGAGUGGGAUGGCCGUGGUUGAGAAUGGAGUCUCACUGACACGGUGAUUCACUCAUGAUUCACUUCAUGCACUCAAAUGAAGGACUGAGUAAAUGAAAUUUCGUGUGGUAGGAAAGCUGUGACAAGGGAAUAUUAACUCACAUUGUCACUAAGAUAACGCGCAUUACUUCUUUUAUAAAGACAUGUUAUUGAAAGUAUUAAUUUACAAUGUCAUGUCUGGAUGAAUUGAGAUAUAUAUACACACACAAUUGGCUGGAUAUAUUGAUGUCGUUAUGAGCUUCAACAGCAUCUUUUUUCAGCAAUGUUCAAGUCUGUACUACUAAGCAAUUACUUGUAAUAUAGGUUUUCCAAAGAAUACUUUUUAACACUACAGCAGCCAAAACGUUACAUGGGUGGAGAACACAAGUUGUGUAAUGGAGUUGUUCAGUCAAUAAAACAUUCAGA